AUGUGUACUAAAGGAGCAGCUAUAGCCGAGUUAUUUACGAAGGCAAUUGCAACCACUAAAGGAUUCGAUCAAAAUCUUCGAAAGUUGAAAGUAGUAUGCUGUGACAAUGGACGGAUGACAACUGAAUUUCAAGUGGGACCUGAACAUCUGAACCAGCGUGGAACAUUACACGGUGGAUUCAUAGCACAUUUAGUAGAUGCCAUAUCAACAUAUGCACUAACAACUAACGAAAAAGUUGACACAAGAGGUGUUUCAAUAGAACUCAGUGUGAGCUACAUGAGUGCAGCCAGAGUUGGAGAUAAUGUUGAAGUUGAAGCUAUAACAAAAAAGGUUGGAAAGAAAAUCGCUUUCCUAGAAGUCCUAGUGAAGAAUAAAGAUAAAAAUCAGUUACUGGCUACCGGUAGACACACCAAAUACAUAGGAAUAUAA